AGACACGGACAACCAGCGCGUCAUCAUCCACGUGAAGGACGUGAACGACGAACCUCCUUACUUCAUCAACCGACCACUGCCGAUGCAGACAGUGGUGCAGCUAAACGCCGCGCCCAACACGCCCGUGUUCACCCUCCAAGCCAGAGACCCAGACACAGACCAUAACAUACACUACUUCAUAGUGAGAGACCGGACGGGUGGACGGUUCGAAGUCGACGAGAGAUCGGGCGUCGUCAGAACCAGAGGAACGGACCCCUUCCAGUUGGAUAUGGAGUACGUGCUGUACGUCAAAGCUGAAGAUCAGAGCGGUCGCGUGGACGAGAGACGGUUCCAGUCGACCCCCGAAGAACGGCUCAGCAUAGUUGGGGGGAAACGCGCCCCUCAGUUCUACCUGCCCAGCUACGAGGCCGAGAUUGCAGAGAAUCAGAAGAAAGAUUCAGAUAUCAUAUCAGUGAAGGCGAAGUCGUUUGCUGAUCGCGAAAUUCGGUACACGCUAAAAGCUCAAGGUCAGGGUGCUGGCACCUUCAACAUCGGCCCUACUUCUGGUAUCGUGAAGUUGGCUAAAGAGCUCGAUUUUGAAGACCUAAGGCAACCGCAUGUGUAUUCUUUGGUGGUGACUGCUACAGAAGACUCUGGAGGGUUUUCGACGUCUGUUGAGCUAACAAUUCGAGUAACCGACGUUAACGACAACGCUCCGAAAUUCGAGCUGCCCGACUACCAGGCGCACAACGUUGAUGAGGACAUCCCGCUCGGAACCAGCAUCCUCAAGGUUAAAGCGAUGGACGCCGACUCCGGGAAAAACGCGGAGAUCGAAUACCUGGUGUCAGAUGACCACUUUAGCGUAGACUCCAAUGGCAUAAUAACCAACAACAAGCAGCUGGACGCUGACAAUAAUAACGCUUACUACGAGUUCGUUGUCACUGCCAAGGACAAAGGUGAGCCGGCCAAAACUGGAACCGCCACAGUUAGAGUUUACACCAAGAAUAAGAAUGAUGAAGAACCAAAGUUCUCACAGCAAGUGUACACUCCAAAUGUAGAUGAGAACGCAGGUCCAAAUACUUUGGUUACUACGGUCGUUGCAUCGGACAAGGACGGUGACAAUGUCAGAUUUGGUUUUGUCGGUGGCGGUACGAGUUCUGGCCAAUUCGUCAUUGAAGAAAUCACCGGUGUAAUCCGUCUACACAAUAAAGCCAUAUCGCUGGAUCGAGACAAAUAUGAACUAAAUGUGACAGCUAUGGACGAUGGCGCGUGUUGCGUUAACGGAGACGCGACUAUACACACUUCAACGGCUGUUGUAGUUGUAUUUAUCACAGAUGUAAACGAUAAUAAGCCUAUAUUCAAAGACUGUCCAACGUAUUUCCCAAAAGUUGAAGAAGGCGCACCGAACGGUAGUCCAGUAAUAAAAGUGCACGCGACUGAUGAAGACAAAGGUGUCAACGGACAAGUCAAGUAUUCCAUAGUGCAGCAGCCGAAUCAAAAAGGUACCAAGUUUACAGUCGACGAGGAAACUGGUGAAGUGUCCACCAAUAAAGUAUUCGACAGAGAAGGCGACGAUGGAAAAUUUGUGUCCGUAACGGUAAAAGCUACUGAUCAGGGCGAACCUUCUUUGGAAGGUGUUUGCUCGUUCACAGUCGAAAUUACUGAUGUCAAUGAUAACCCUCCACUAUUCGACAGACAAAAAUAUGUGGAGAAUGUAAAACAAGACGCCAGUAUUGGCACAAAUAUUUUAAGAGUAUCUGCCUCUGACGAGGACGCAGACAAUAACGGCGCGAUUGUAUAUACGCUGAGUGCGCCAUUUAAUCCCGCCGAUAUUGAAUACUUUGAGAUCCAGCCCGAAUCGGGCUGGAUCGUUCUCAAGAAACCUUUGGACCGGGACAGGUAUCGACUGCGCGUGCGCGCCUCCGACAGAGGCGACCCGCCCUCCUCCGCAGACGUGGACGUUGAAUUAGACGUGGUAGACAGGAACAAUAAGCCCCCCAUCUGGGACAUGACCACGUAUGGCCCCGUUCACAUCAAAGAGAAUGUCACAGUGGGUACCGUAGUGACCAGUGUGAAAGCCAGCUCUGGCAUUGAGAACAAUCCCACCGUGUUCUACCGCCUUAUGCCCGGAUCGACCGCCCAAACCAAUAAGUUCCACACCUUCUAUUUACAACAAAGGGCCGAUAAUGGAUUCACUUGGGCGGAUAUAAAAGUCAAUCAUCCUCUGGACUACGAGAGCAUCAAGGAAUACAAUUUGACGAUCCGUGUCGAGAACAACGGCGCCCAACAACUGGCUUCGGAAUCAACUGUCUUCAUCCAGCUCGAGGAUGUCAACGAUGAAAUACCCUUGUUCACGGAACGUGAGCAGGAAACCGUCCUGGAAGGAGAGCCCAUCGGCACGAAGGUCACCCAAGUCAACGCGAUAGACAAAGAUGGCACAUUCCCUAAUAACCAAGUGUACUACUAUAUAGUGGACUCUCCGCGCAACGAGGGAAAGGAUUUCUUCGAGAUCAGCAUGCAGACCGGCGAGAUCUUCACGAAGGUGGUGUUCGACAGAGAGAAGCAGGGAGCAUACGCGUUGGAAGUGGAGGCGAGAGACGGCGCCCCAUCCGCGAGGCCCAACUCUGACAACCAACCAAACUCAGGCAUCAGACAGGAUUUUGAAUCCGCUCACAGUCCGUGCGAACUUACUACGAAUUCAUUAAAUUUAUUAGAGUCAGGCUAG